AUGGAUUUAAGGGACCACUACAAAAAUUACAAACAUAGCAGUAGCAACAAACAAGUGAAGGAAGUUGUUCGUAGAAAUGCCAAACGGGUGCGUGAUGUGGUCCUGACGAGUUGGCUACCCCAGCGGAUGGAUCCGCAUAUAAACAAUAAGGAUGCCAAAAUUCAUCUCAACAACCCUACAGGAGGAACAGAAGCCAUUUUAUACGUUGACUUCAUAUACACACAACUGAUCAGACAUACAUAUGUGUUGUUACAUUCGCUAAAUGUAAACAAAAGGAAGGGAAAACAAUUCAACUUUAGCAAAAUUUUUACAUACAAAUAUAAUUAUAAGCCGUGUGAACAGCACCAAGUUGGCAAAUAUUUGAAGCAUUACAACAUAAGCAAUGAUCUCGCAGGUUGUGCCAACUUUUUUAUAUAUUCCUGGGCGGGAGAAAAAAAAAAACAAAAAAGAGAAACAAAAAUAGAAACAGAAACGGAAAAACAGCAGCGUGAAAAUGAGGCCAACUUUAACAUGUGCAUAUAUUUACCAACAAAAAAAGAAGUGGACAUUUUAUUCAUCCUCCAAAAAUUGCAAAAAUAUUUUUAUUUUAAUUUAUAUGUUCCAGUAGUCACCGAGCAGAAUAGCAUGAUUUUUUUCCCAUUCGAUUUACACAAUAAUUUAUUAGUCAAACACAGGUUUGGAAUUUUCGUGCCCUAUUUAUAUUUGCACCAUUGCGCUGAAAGGGGGACAAACGGGGGCAGCAAUUUACACCUGAAUUUAAGUCCAGCCAAUUUGGUCAAGGAUACAUUAUACAAUUUUUCCUUCACGGAAAGGCAAAAUAUUUUCUUCAUUCCUCUCCUUGCAUAUAAUAAUUAUGGUGCGCGUGUUGGCAGUGGAAAGGGCUACUACGAUAGAGCAUUUAAUAAGCAGGGUGGGGAGGACGUGGAGGAAAAAAAAAACGUAAAAAUUUCUCUCUCCUUAGAGGCACUUCUGUACGAAAUUGACUUUUUGGAGCCCACGGAUAUCCUCCUGGAUUAUGUAGUAAAUGAGAGGGGCGUCUACCACUUCGUCUCCUGA